AUAUGGACUAGUGUAAGGUGGCAAUUAUUGGAGAUAUAGCCUAUAUACAUUACUGUUCAAACGCUUGUGGUCAGAAAGAUUUUUCUUUAAGAAAUUAAUACUUUUAUUCAGCAAGGAUGCUUUAACUUUAUCAAAAGUGACAGUAAAGACAUUUAUAUUGUUGCAAAAGAUUUCUAUUUUAAAUAUAUGCUGUUUUUUAACUUUCUUUUCAUCAAAGAAUCUUGGAAAAAAUGUAUCAUGGUUUGCACAAAAAUCAAUGUUUUCAACAUUGAUAAUAAUCAGAAAUGUUUCUUGAGCAGCAAAUCAGCAUAUUAGAAUGAUUUCUGAAGGAUCCUGUGACACUGAAGACUGGAGUAAUGAUUCUGAAAUCAGCUUUGAUCAAAGGAAUAAAUUACAUUUUGAUUGAAAAAUAUUUCACAACAUUUCUGUUUUUACUUUUUUUUAAUGCAGUCUUGGUGAGCAGAAGAGACUUCUUUCAAAAACAUUUAAAAAUCCUACUGACCCCAAACUUUUAAAUAAAUAAAUUAUAUACAGUGCCCUCCACUAAUAUUGGCACCCUUGGUAAAUAUGAGCAAAGGCGGCUGUGAAAAUAAAUAUGCAUUAUUUAUCCUUUUGAUCUUUCAUUCAAAAAAUUCACAAAAUUCUAACCUUUCAUUGAAGUAAAACAAUUAAAAAUGGGGGUAAAAGCUCAUUAUGAAAUAAAUGUUUUUCUCUAGUUCACUUUGGCCACAAUUAUUGGCACCCAAUUAUUGCAACGUCCUUUUCUCAAGAUAACAGUUCUGAGUCGUCUUCUAUAAUGCCUGAUGAGUUUGGAGAACACCUGACAAGAUGCAGAAUCUCUACAGAUCCUUCAGAUUCCCAGAUCCAUGUUGGUGCUUCUUCUCUUCAGCUCACUCCACUCAUUUUCUUUAGGGUUCAGGUCAGGGGACUGGGACGACCAUGGCAGAAGCUUAAAUUUGUGCUCAGUGACACAUUUUUGUGUUGGUUUUGAUGUUUGUUUUGGAUCAUUGUCCUGAUGGAAGAUCCAACCAUGGCCCAUUUUUGGAUUUCUAGCAGAAGCGGUCAGGUUUUGAUUUUUUUUAUUUUUUUAUCUGUUGGUAUUUGAUAGUAUCCAUGAUGCCAUGUAUCUGAACAAGAUGUCCUAGACCUCCAGCAGAACAAUAGGCCCACAACAUUAAAGAUCCAGCAGUAUAUUUAACAGUGGGCAUGGGGUACUUUUUAUCCAUGUGUGCACCAAACCCAUCUGGUGGGUUUGCUGCCAAAAAGCUCUCUUUUUAGUUUCAUCUGACCACAGAAGCCAGUCCCGUUUGAAGUUCCUGUAUUGGGGAUGUAGGUGCUGUUUGCUAAUUUUUUUUUUAGGCUUUCUGAGACUCAAGACUCAACUAAUCUCUGCAAUUCUCCAGCUAUGACCCUUGGAGAGUCUUUGGCCACUCAAACUUUCCUCCUCACCGCGCAUUAGGACGAUUUAGAUGCACGUCCUCUUCCAGGCAGAUUUGUGACAUCUUUAGUUGAUUGGAACUUCUUAAUUAUUGCCCUGAUGGUGGAAAUGGGGAUUUUCAAUGCUUUAGCUAUUUUCUUACAGCCAUUUUCUAUUUUGUGAAGCUCAACAAUCUUUUUCUGCACUUCAGAACUAUAUUCUUUGGUUUUACUUAUUGUGAUGAAAGAUUAAGGGAAUUUGGGGGGGGCAAACAGUUUGCAGUUUAGCUCAUUAUUACCGUCUAAUUAGCCAAUAUUGUCUUAAAUAGCCUGCAUAGCACUUCAUCUUUUAUAACAUGAGAUUUUUCUUAAAUUAGUUUUUGACAUAUAAGGUACUAAAAAAAUACCUUAAAGUAACUACAGAAGAGCAUGUAAAGCAAAUAUCUUAAAAAAAAAAAAAAAAAAUCCGUUCGGAGCAUGCCCCCGCCCCACGCAAUGUUCUCACCUUUUUUCCCCCUCACCUGUUUGCAUCCUUGAUAGACAGAUAGAUAGAUAUACAUGCUGUAUAUUUUCUGUGCAGGGCUCAUUCAUGAGGAGGAGAUGUCAGUGUUGGUGGAGUCUCUCAGACGGUUGUUCCUGAACCCCGGCUGCUCUCUCACAGAUAUCAGUAUAAGUCACAUUUGCGGUCACACACACUUGAUCAACGUGCUGAGAGCAUGUCCGACCCUGCUGAGCCUUUCUCUGGAGAUCUGCCCACCUGCCGAGAGAAACACAUGGGGGCAGCAGCCGCAUUUCACUGAAAACAAAGUGCUCUGCCUGGAAAAGCUGUCAGUCAAAUCCACUGGUCCAAUGACAGUCAAGUGUUUCCUGCCGGCCCUGACAUGGGCUCCUAAACUCAACAGCCUUCAUAUGACAGGAAUCCAUCUGUCACGACAAUUUUUUCACACAUUAGCAGGAUCUAAUCCAUUACUCAAGGUAAUAAAGCUGGAAGACAUAAACCUAGCUGACUAUCACCAGGAGAUGCUUCAUUUUCUGGAAUAUUCUGUGUUAGAAGAGCUGUCCUUGAAAGACUGUAGAUUGCUGGAUAAGUGUGAAGUAAAGAAGGACUUCCUGGUGCCAUUUGUUGAAGCACUGAAAGGGAUCUCGUCCCUCCAGAGCCUGAUGCUGGCCCAGAAUCGACUGGCAACGAGUGCCAUAGAGAUCGCCAACUUAUUCUCAGGUUCCUGUCCCAGCAAAAUCACAAAAUUAGACCUUAGCUCUAAUUUCAUUCUUCCUGCUGAACUUCUGGAGUUUGCACAGCUGCUGGAAACAUUCAGGCCGGUUCAGCGACUAACACUGGACCUGCGCUUUAAUCCACUGGAUCGUGACCCUGAGGUCAAAGCUCAAGCUCUGCGAAAGCUCAUCCCGUACUGUAACAUAUUAACGGAUGACUGGGACUCCAGGUCCACUAUGGCCGAUCACAUCAGUGUGAUGUGACAAACUCUUUAGCUGCCUUUUGAAAGACAUUUCCAUGUGGGGAAAAAGAUCACGCAGAUGUGACCGUAGACGACCAGCAUAAACAUCUUGGAUAUAUUUCACGUUUAAUGACGCUGAUAGGCAUAACCAUUAAAUUUGAUUAUAAUAAUGUUCACAGAAUAAAUAAAGUGAAAGAAACAGGAAAAGAAUUCAA